AUGUUCCAACAAGUCCAGAUGCAUUGCGACCGAUGUGGCGGACGUGGCAAGUCUAUAAAGCACGUGUGUGCCGUGUGUCAGGGCCAACGCGUGGUGCGCCGGCCGACAACUGUGUCAUUGACAGUUCAGCGUGGUGCGGCUAAGGAGUCGCGUGUUGUUUACGAAAACGAGGCCGAUGCUAGCCCUGACUAUGUUGCGGGUGACCUCAUCGUGACGCUGAUGGAGAAAGAAGCUGGUGACCCAGGCGAUAAUCCGGACCGCGUUGAUGGCGUUUUCUUCCGUCGCAGAGAUAACGAUCUUUUCUGGAAGGAGGUUAUCUCUUUACGCGAAGCGUGGAUGGGUGAUUGGACGCGGAAUAUAACACACCUGGACGGCCACAUCGUCCAGCUAUGUCGCAAGCGUGGUCAGGUUGUACAACCUGGUCAUGUUGAGACCGUCAAGGGUGAGGGAAUGCCGAUCUGGAACGAGGACGGAGACAGUGUAUACCAUACAACAGAAUUUGGCGAUCUGUAUGUGGAAUAUGUCGUCAUUAUUCCAGACCAGCUUGAUUCCAGGAUGGCAGAUGACUUCCGGGUGGUUUGGGAGAAAUGGCGAAGCAACAUUAUGGUCGACUUGCAGAAAGACAGUGGCCGCCCGGACCGACCAAACCAAACUCAUAAACAAUCUCACGAGGAACUCUGA